UUCAUUCCUUGAAGCUUUCUGGGUAAUUGUGCAUCUUUCCUAUCUUAAAGACUCACAUACUCUGAGCUAGACAGAGGUGCUAACCUUGAAGAACCUCUCUAGAAUCCAGGUUGCUGAAUCUUCCUGCUGCCUAGAGAGACUCUAAACCACCUCCAGACCAUGGGCAACUGGGUAGUUAACCACUGGUUCUCAGUUUUGUUUCUGGCUACUUGGUUGGGGCUGAAUGUUUUCCUGUUUGUACAUGCCUUCCUGUCAUAUGAGAAAGCUGAUAAGUACUACUAUACCAGAGAAAUCCUGGGGUCCACGUUGGCCUGGGCCCGAGCCUCUGCUCGCUGCCUGAAUUUUAACAGCAUGCUGAUACUGCUUCCUGUGUGUCGAAAUCUACUGUCCUUCCUGAGGGGUACCUGCUCUUUUUGCAGGCGCACCCUGAGAAAGCAACUGGAUCACAACCUCACCUUCCACAAACUGGUAGCAUAUAUGAUCUGCCUACACACAGCUAUUCACAUCAUUGCACACCUGUUUAACUUUGAACGGUACAGCAGAAGCCGACAGGCCACAGAUGGAUCCCUUGCUUCCAUUCUCUCCACCCUGUCUCAUCAAGGGAAAGAGGAAGAUUCUUGGCUAAAUCCUAUGCAGUCCCCAAACAUGACAGUGGAGUAUGUGACAUUUACCAGCAUCGCUGGUCUCACUGGAGUGAUCAUCACGAUAGCUUUGGUUCUCAUGGUGACUUCAGCUAUGGAGUUUAUCCGGAGGAGUUAUUUUGAGGUCUUCUGGUAUACACACCAUAUUUUUAUCAUCUACUUCAUUGGCUUAGGGAUUCACGGCAUUGGUGGAAUUGUCCGGGGUCAGACCGAAGAGAGCCUGAAUGAGAGUCACCCUCACAGGUGUGCAGAAUCUUUCAAGCAGUGGGAUGAUCAUGAUUCCCAUUGCAAGCAUCCCCGAUUUGAAGGGCUCCCCGCUGAGUCUUGGAAGUGGAUCCUUGCACCAGGUGUUCUUUAUAUUCUUGAAAGGAUUCUCCGAUUUUACCGCUCGCAGCAGAAGGUUGUGAUUACCAAGGUUGUUAUGCACCCAUCCAAAGUUUUGGAAUUGCAGAUGAUCAAGCGUGGCUUCAGCAUGGAAGUGGGACAGUAUAUUUUUGUUAAUUGCCCCUCAGUCUCUUACUUGGAGUGGCAUCCCUUUACUCUGACCUCGGCUCCAGAGGAAGAUUUCUUCUCCGUUCAUAUCAGGGCAGUGGGGGACUGGACAGAAAAUCUCAUAAGGGCUUUUGAGCAGCAGUGUUCACCAAUUCCCAGGAUUGAGGUGGAUGGUCCCUUUGGCACUGUCAGUGAAGAUGUUUUCCAGUAUGAAGUGGUUGUGUUGGUUGGAGCAGGAAUUGGGGUCACCCCCUUUGCUUCCAUCUUAAAAUCUAUCUGGUACAAAUUUAGGCAUGAAGAUCACAACCUUAAAACACAAACGAUCUAUUUCUACUGGAUCUGCAGGGAGACAGGUGCCUUUGCCUGGUUCAAUGACCUGCUGGCUUCUCUGGAAUGUGAGAUGGAGGAAUUAGGCAAAGUGGAUUUUCUAAACUACCGUCUCUUCCUCACCGGAUGGGACAGCAAUAUUGCCAGUCAUGCCACAUUAAACUUUGACAAGGCCACUGACAUCCUGACAGGUCUGAAACAGAAAACUUCCUUUGGGAGACCCAUGUGGGACAAUGAAUUUUCUACAAUAGCUAAUGCCCACCCCAGGUCUGUGGUGGGAGUCUUCCUAUGCGGUCCUCAGACUUUGGCAAAGAGCCUGAGCAAAUGCUGUUGCCAAUAUUCCAGCCUGGAUCCCAGGAAGGUUCAAUUCUACUUCAACAAAGAAAACUUCUGAAUUACAGGAACAAGGAUGAUCAUCUGCAUUUAGUCUCCCCUCUGAAUCUCUAGCAACUUACUUGGUUUGAUCGGGUUGGGACAGCCAUUUAAGCUCUGACUCCCUGGCACCCUGUUUUUGACUGGAUUCAACUUGGACAUCACUGAUUUUCAUGAAGUCAUGAUAAUUGCAAAGGUCAUGGAUCCUUUCUUAGGAAAAGAACUAUAAAUCCUUCUGGAAUGCCAUGACUUUAACAAGGCCUGAUAGCAGAGGUGGUUGACAGUUACACAACUUGGCCCUGGGGGAUAUCGUUGAUUCCAAGAGUUAGUAUCUCCCAGCCUUUGGUCAUAUUUUCCCCUCCCUCUCACCUUCAAAGAAGAUUUCUAAAUAGGGUGAUUUUUUUAAAUAAAAUAUUUAUUGAAGAAUUAAUGACAAAACAUAAUAAGCAUAAAUAAUAAAUGAACAUAAAAUCACCAAGAACUCCAUCCCUAUAUAACACUAUGUACAUUCUUACUGUUUUUUUUUUCUUACUGUUAUUUUAAACACGUUCUUAUCCAGUGUGAAUAGCAAUUUAUGCCUUACUUAUCCUUGCUUUUCCUUUGCUUAAUGAAUGAAUCUUUGAUUACUUAAUCUAGGUUCUCCCAUUUGGGAAAGAAAAUCUUGGGAGCUAUGCUAAUUAUAAUGGAAAUUAUAACUGAAAGAUAUAUUGUCAUUAGCUUACAUUGUUCUGUUGGAAAUAAUUGCAAAAACUUGAACUCCAUCUUAAGAUGACUUGGUCAACAGGGGCUCUUUAUCGCCAUUUUUGUUAAGGGGGGUUUAUUAAUGUUUAGUUUUUUAAAAAGGUAAUUUACAAUUUUGAUACCAUUUUUUGGGGCUCUUCCCUCUUUAUUAAAGAAUCAUUCACCUAAUGACAUAAGCAACAUGUCUUUUCUCCUAUCAAAAUGCUUUUUAUUUCCCCAUCCACCUGGCUCGGGGAUGUUAGUAGUCCCAGUGAGUCAGUAGAAGCAAAGACUGGGGCCCUUAAAAGAGAGGGGAAAAAAACCCCAAAAAAACCCUUACUUUGUUGUGCCCAGACAAGUCCACUCAUUAAAUUUGUAAGAAUGUUUCUACUGACUUAGUAUUUAGUAUUCUAACUUAGUAACCUAUUUCUUCUACAAUUAAGUGACCAAAAAUGAAUAAAUUGUUGUUUUGAAUUAUCCAGAAACUUGUAUGACUUGAAGGAUUAGUAAGAUCCAUUUUCAGUAACUAGUCUGAACAAAACAAAGGUGUCAUGAACUCACAGUGGCUAAUCAUGUUCCAUUUGUUAACUGGACAUCAGGAAAAAAUAGUACUGGGUACUUACAUAGGAAUAGAUUAGAAUACCCCUGCUGUUGCUGAUUUCCUGGAUUUCAACUACCUAAAUUAAAUUGAAUAAGGCUUUUGGAAAAUGCACAAUUGAAUCUGGAUGAUUCCUUAGACAAUUGCUGACCAUAAAAUUUGAUCUUCAUUGACUCUGAUUUGGAAUCUUAGGGUUCCUUGAAACUUAUGAAUUCCUGAUAAAAAGGGCUUUGCUCUUGGCUUCAAUGUCUAAAUAUAUCAAUACUUCAAGAUAUGACUGCUGCUAAAAUCAACAUAUUAAGGCCUAGAAUAUUCAUGGAAGUAGGCAGAAAAGGUAAUAAUAAUAAAUCCUAUGUAUAAUCAACAUCCAAGCCAGAAUUAGGGAUGAGCAGGAUACCCAGAAAUCUCCUCAGUUGUUUUGAGCAAGUUUUUCUUCCUAGGUUGUAAUAUGAAGUAGCUUAUUCAGCAAACUUUUGUUGGUAGUAAAUGUUUACAUCAGAGUAGAAAAAUCCCUCACAAUUUCAAUGUCUCUCAUAAAGUUGAUUAUCUUUGCAUUCUUUUGCUUGACAUGUAAGCAAUAUGCUAUUACAUUCUCUAAGCCUAUGGCAGGCUUUUAAUUCACUUGACCAUAAUCCUAACCCAGAAGGGGGUAGGAUUCUGAGAAUACAAAUAGGCUCAAAGAAUAGUUCCAGUGGAACUUUACUAAUUAUUAAGGCAUCUCUUAACCUCUUGAGGUUGGCCUGAUGGAGAGAAAUCAUGUUCCUCCUUAACACCACUAUGAGAGAAUACUAGGCAGGAGGAGCCAUAGGUUAGAGCAAGUGGCACUAAUUAUUGUCACAUCUAUCUGCAAGGCAGCAGGCAGGGGCAGGCCUAAUGGGCAAUCUGACCUCUUAUGCUCUACAUCUGGUCCUCUUAAAAUAAGUGAGAAGAAUGUAAAAGUUUUAGGGUUUUCUAUGUUUUAAUUUCCCAGAAUAAAUUUGGUUAUAGGGGGAAGGCUGUAGGUUAGUGAUUAUCUAGAAGGCAGAAUGAAAUGUAUUUUGUUCACUUGAUUUCUAUUUUGUUUUUAUUUCAUUUUGAACAUGUGAAAAAUUGGUGGCUUUUUAAACUUUUAUGGUUGACUACUGAGACUGAAGAGUUUUAAGACAGGUAAAUGUCAACAGUCUCUUGUGUUGCCGAUACACCUGAACCAGUGCCAAUACAACAUUUUUGUCUUAACUCUGAAUGGUGCAUGUGAAUAAA